AAACGAGGGAGCGAAAGACUUCACAUUACAAAACUUCCCGAGGUUUCCAGGCUGCUGGUGAGUAGCCAAAAUGAGCGGUAGUUCAAAUCUCGAUGUUAUGCUGGCCGGCGGUGGGGCAGCAUUCGUCGUGGACUUGAUCGUCUACCCAUUGGACACUCUCAAAACCCGGCAGCAGAGUCGUGAUUUUGUCAAUACUUUCGCCGACCCGUCCACUAAAACGAAGUUGCCGUCAAGGCAGCUUUUUAAGGGCCUAUACCAAGGCCUUGGGAUAGUCAUAGUCGCCACAUUACCAGCUGCGGGGACUUUCUUCACGACUUACGAAACGGUGAAGACCUUCAUCAGCCGACAUGGCGUGCCAUUGGGCCUCCCACAACCUCUCGUACAUUCCGCCGCAUCGGCUAUUGCGGAGUGUGCGUCAUGUUUAGUGCUCACCCCUUCCGAAGUUGUGAAGCAAAAUGCGCAGAUGUUGCAGCAGCACGCCGGUGCCUCACGAGGAUCUGCCUCGCUUCAAGCCUUGAGGCAGCUAGGUGGCGCCGGCGCCGGACCGAAACUGCUCUCUGGUUACACCGCGCUUGUGGCCAGAAACUUACCCUUUACGGCUAUUCAAUUUCCCAUUUUUGAAUUCUUGCGAGCGCGGAUCUGGGGGCAGCGGUCCGGCGUUUCCCGGAAUGGUACCGGAUUCGACACGAGAGAGAAGGAUAGUUUGCUUGAAACCGGCGUCAUCACCGGGACGAGCGCGGGGUUGGCAGGCAGCUUCGCGGCUGUGAUAACGACGCCUAUGGAUGUAGUAAAGACACGAAUGAUGUUAUUCGCUGGAAAUGAUCGAGAUGUGAGGCAGGGUGCUCACGAUCGGAUAAGCUCACCACGCGAUACAAGCAAAUACAACUCACGGGGUGGAUUCGCAAUAGCGCGCGAAGUUAUUGCUGAGAGGGGUAUCUCUGGACUCUUUAGAGGAGCAGCUCUUCGGGCCGUCUGGACAGCAGUUGGCAGCGGUCUCUAUUUAGGGACGUACGAAGUCGCAAAGGUUUGGCUAGCAAGGAGAAAGGGGUAUGAUAUUGAUGAUAAGAGCUUCCUUUGACUAAUCCCAACAUAAAUCCGCAAUCAUUCUCAAAUUCUUGCAGCCAUUUCGCCUGCAUAUAUACACCUUGGCACCUAUCUGCCGUCCGAAAUAUACACCAUCCUAAAUGUUCCUGCAGCAUCUCCAGAAGUUGACAUCAUAGGCUGGCAGAAAUUGAUUCCCU